GAGAAAAAACCUCUAAAGAAGUCGAGCAGGACGCAGAGAAACAGGAAGACGGAGAAGAAGACAACAUCGGCACCACAAUGUCUAAGCACAAGAGACUAUACAAGGAGCUCGAUGAUAUUAAAAAAUGUGGGUCAAAGCGCUUUGUCAACAUUCAAGUGGAUGAAUCGAAUAUUUUGAACUGGCAGGGGCUCCUUGUUCCUGAUUGUCCUCCAUACGACAAAGGAGCAUUUCGGAUUGAAAUAGUCUUCCCCCCAGAAUACCCCUUUAAGCCACCGAAGGUCAAUUUCAAGACAAAAAUCUACCACCCCAACAUUGACGAGAAGGGCCAGGUCUGCCUGGCCACCAUCAGCGCGGAGAACUGGAAGCCAGCCACAAGAACUGAACAAGUAAUCGAAGCCCUUUUCGCGCUGGUGAACCACCCUCAGCCGGAGCACCCGCUGAGGGCCGACCUGGCGGAGGAGUACAGCAAAGACCGCGUAAAGUUCCUGAAAAACGCCGAGGAGUACACAAAGAAACACAGUGAAAAGCGGCCCACUGACUGACGACUCAACACUGACGCUCGCUGCUGUUUGCCUCCUUUCUGUUCCCCGUUCAAAGAGCCCCUCAACUCUCUGUUCAAAGUUCCCAAAACUACAAAGAGAUGCUCUGUUCUCGCUACCUGCUCGUUUUUAGCACUCGUCACCACUCCGUAAUUAACAGAGGCUUCUGUUUCUCUUUCACUUUGCCAAAAUAAAAAAAAAAAAAGCAGGACUUUUUUUGGGUGAAUAAGCCGGUUUUGGCCUCUAGGUGUCACCUUUUGGUUGUUUUUAGUUCUUUCUACUGAUUUCUUUUUAGAAAAAAAGACAACUACGGAAGAAAGGAAAGUAAAAAUGUCAAAAUAUUAAAAAGUGCUGUUUUGCUUACUUAAUUUUUUUCAAUAAUCAUUAGCUUUUGCAGACCUGUUUACACAUUUCAAAGCUUUGUUUUCAGAUGUUAAAAAUGCACAGAUAAUCUAAUACUGUUGUUUAUAUAUUUUCUUUGUUUCCCCCUUAAGAUACAGUGUACUUUGUGAAAUCAGCUGUUUGCAGUACAUGGAAAUUAAAGUUUGUUUUGAUGCAGAAUUUCACACUCGGAGAUUUGUGAAAAUGCAACAACAUUCAUGUUACAUGUUUUUGUAUUUUAAGAGGAAAAGUCUUAUUGAAAAUUCUUCCACCUUUGUUUGCCUUCUAGAAAGCACAUAACGGUUUGUUUUUUUCUUAAAUCAAGUUGAUUUAUCUCUUUAAAUGUUUUGGCAAAAGUAACGAGAAAAACUUCAUCUUUAAAAUCGUAACACGUAAGGUUGCUCUCUUAGAUUGUUUUUCCUGCUCUUAUUCAUCACAACACUGCAAAUAUUUUCAUAUUUGAAAAUUAAAAAGAUCUGCACUGAUUGGUUCUAGCAUUAAAAUAAAGUUUUCAACCUGCAGUACGGCUAAUUUUCUCGAUUUAAUUGGUCAAUAAAUAUCCUGAUAGCUGACGAAGAAGCGAAGCACACCAGCAGACUCGACACGCCAAUACACAUUUAAAGGCAUUAACUGCAGGUAGACGAAAGAAGACCAUUAAUGAAUAAAGAUUUGUGAUGGAUGCUUCAUCGAAUCUGUAUCGUUGUUUAUUAAAAGAUUUUUUCUUCACUA